UUUCUUCACAUUUUUUUUUAUUGUCAUCUUAAUUUGUCCAGUUAGAUUGUGGGAAUGAAAGACGGCUCAAUGCUCUGGAUUUUUUAUCCUCUGUGAUUGUUCUCAUUUUUUCUUUCUGGGGUUAAAGGAGCACUGUUGGCAAAAGUUCUGAGAACUGUGUUCAUGAUAUGGCCUUUGAGCGCUACAUUUCUCAGGAAUGGAAAAGCACUCCAAGUUCUGUGAUGACAGAGACUGGAAACUACAAUGGUUGUUUUGAUUGCAACAUUUGCUUGGACUUUGCACUUGAACCUGUAGUCACCCUCUGUGGUCACCUCUAUUGCUGGCCCUGCAUCUUCAAGUGGCUCCAUGUCCAAAGUUCUUCUCUUGCAUCUCAUGAACACCCUCAAUGCCCAGUCUGCAGGGCUGAUAUAUCUCUUGCCACCAUGGUCCCCCUAUAUGGCCGGGGCCAAACCCCAGCUCCUUCUGAGCAAGACACAAAGGCAUCGUGUCACGAUACUUGUAUACCACCAAGACCACGAGCUUUCAGUGCUCAAUCUCUGAUGUCAGCAUCAUCAUCUCAGGGUGGUCAUCAUCAGUAUCUUCCUUUUCACUGUCCUCGUUACAGUCCUCAACAUUUCAGUUCGCCUCCGUACCAAAGGGAUGAGGAUUCCUCAUCACAAGUGCUCAAUCUCAGCACCACUCUUACACCUCAAGGAUUUCACCAUCAUGUGGCUGGGAUGGUUUAUGCCAGAGUGUUUGGCAACCCGGAAAAUCUAUACGCCUACCGGAAUUCUUAUCAGCAGAUGGGCAGUAACAGCCCGAGACUGAGAAGACAGGAGAUGCAAGCAGAUAAGUCAUUAAACAGAAUCUCAUUUUUCCUCUUUUGCUGUUUUGUUUUAUGUCUCAUCGUCUUUUGAGCACCCUCGUUGAGAUUAUUUUGGAGAUUCUAAUGUAUAUUUUGUAAAGAUAUAAACUUGUGAGGUUGAGUUUUAAGCAUUGUGUGAUAAAACAUCAUGGGAUUGUAUUUACAUGUGUCAUCCAUGAUAUAAGUUUAAUGCCAUCAUUUGUUUGAUGCAUCAGUGAUGAUAUACAGGAUGAUAUUGUGCAGUAUUAUUAUGGGCUUAUUGUUGAUAGGAUGAUAAUAAUAUCUUGCAUAUAUGCUGA